AUGGGGAGAGCGGCAAAGGACAAGCGGGACAUCUAUUACCGGAAAGCAAAGGAAGUCGGAUUCAGAGCUCGAUCAGCCUUUAAGUUGCUUCAGCUUGAUGAAGAAUUCAAACUGCUCGAGGGUGUCAACCGCGUCGUUGAUCUCUGUGCAGCACCUGGGAGCUGGAGCCAGGUUAUAAGUCGCCAGCUUGCAGACAGGAGGGAUCAGAGCAAGAUCGUGGCAGUAGACCUGCAGGAGAUGGCGCCCAUCGAAGGCGUUACUCUCGUCCAGGGGGACAUCACGAGCUCCGUUGUUGCAGACAAGAUAGUGCAGCUGUUUGAUGGACAGAAAGCAGACAUUGUCGUGUCCGAUGGAGCUCCUGAUGUCACCGGCUUGCAUGAUAUUGACGAGUACGUGCAAUCACAACUCCUUCUGUCUGCUCUCAACAUUACAACUGUCCUCCUGAGGCCCGGAGGAAGCUUUGUUGCAAAGAUUUUCCGUGGAAAGGACGUCACACUCUUAUACUCACAGCUGAAGAUCUUCUUCCCCUUCGUCACAUGCGCGAAGCCAAAGAGCAGUAGAAAUUCGAGCAUUGAGAGUUUCAUCGUUUGCAAGGGAUACUGCCCCCCUGCCGGCUACAUCCCCUGCCUGGACAAACCGCUCCUCGACUUCAAGUACGGCCAGGACGAUGCCCUGCUGGGUUACAAUCGCUGCAUCGUGCCAUUUGUUGCCUGUGGGGAUUUGAGCGGGUACGAUCCGGAUACAGUAUAUGCGCUAGAAGACGAGAGCAUGGAGGAAUCUGGAACGUCGUACACUACCAGGGCACCAGUGCAGGCUCCCAUCAACCCCCCGUACAAAGCUGCUCUCGAUGCCAAGAGGAUUCAUAGCAACGCCCUCUCCUCAUAA